GUUUCCUGUUGAGUUUCAUGUCAAACAGGAAAGGUCGCCGAAGUAGAAGUCGCCUUGACGACGCGGUGAAGUGCUGAGCAUAUGGCCUUUGUCCUCUUCUACGAGUGAAUCUCAUGGGAAAUUGCUUGUACCGUGCUUUCGAAGCACCGACCAUAUAGCGACUGCCCCAAGGACGAUUACUGUCCUAGACUCCUAAGUACGUGUUUUGGGCCCAUUUCAGAAUAUACCUCCGCAUUUCGGGAAAACCUACGCAUGAUCCAAGAAACUGUUAAAAGCUUGGUUUCCGCGUUUGGAAACAGUGUAUAUAAGGACCCCCCCCCCUGGCAUCAUUUUCAUACCAUUAGCUCAAUCAACAUUUUCAAUGCUGUCUUCCUACGGCAAUCCACCGCUAGACACCAACCAGCAGGUCAACGCCAGUGCAUCACAGCGGAGCAACUCCCGGAGUCCCGAUGCUCUCCGCCGUUUGGCCUUGGUGCUGUUUCUAUGGUUGACCAUUUUUGGGUCGAUCAUCUCCGUUGCAUGGCUCAUUCUCAAACCGGAAACUCCCGAUUUUAGAGUCAACGCCCUCAUGGUCUCCAACUUUGAGCUUUCUGGCUCACAAAUACGGGGAAAGUAUGACAUCACAAUCUUUAUCAGAAACCCAAACAAGAAACUAAACCUGUACUUCAGCAAUUUCAACAUCGUUGUGCUUUACAGGAGAACCCGUCUUUCUAAGACUUAUUCCUUGGCGUCGUCUCUUUCUUUAGAGAAGAUGAAACAAACGACUUUGAGUGCCCAGCUACAAUCGGAUUUGGGUUGCUCUGUGAAGGCAAAGGAGUUGAAGGACUUGGUUAGGGAGUUAAAUAGUGGGGUCACUCAGGUGGUCAAUUUUGACGUGAAGAUGUUGGUUUCAACAACAUUUAGUGAUGGAAAAUGGCUUCAGGUGAAAAGAUCAAUUGAUGUUUACUGCAAGAAUCUGAAUAUCAUAUUUUUAUCUUCAAAACAGACGGGGAAGCUCCAAGAUAACAGACACAGUUGCAUAGUUUCUUCUGUGUACUAAAUUAAUUACCUCAGGAUUUUCCUUUUUUAGCUAGUUGACAAGAAGAGUUAUGUGCUCAAACUACUAUGAUAUUAUGUAAAGAGUCUUUAGUUUGA